AUGGUUCCGUCGGGGCAACCUACUCCGAUCGGUGGGUCCCAAUCUGUUUCUCCUCAACUUCUGAGAUCGAAUUCGGGAAUGCUUGGAGCUCAAGGAGGCGCUUUGUCCUCACAAUCUGCAUUCCCUUCUUUGGUCUCUCCACGUACUCAGUUUAAUAACAUGAAUAUGCUUGGAGGAGUGCCCAAUAUGUCGUCUUUACUCAAUCAGUCAUUUGGUAAUGGUGGUCAAAACCCGGGUCUUUCUGCUCCUGGAAGCAGUCAGCAUAGAGGUAUCGACACUGGUGCUGAGUCAGACCCACUUUCGGCUAAUGGAAUGGGGUUCAGUUCUCCUUCAUCAUCUUUCGUUCCGUCGUCAAAUAUGGUCAAUGCUGGUCCAUCAGGUCAAGUUCAGGGUCAGCAGUUUUUAAACCCACCUUCUGGUAAUAACCAGUUAUUGCCAGAUCAACAGCAGGCAUCUCAGCAGCUCGAUGCUCAGUCGUUUCAGCACAGUCAGCAGCCGAUGCAGCAGUUUUCUGCCUCUCACAAUACUCAGCAGCAGCACCAGUUUCAGACAAUGAGAGGAGGAAUGGGUGCUGUCAAGAUGGAACCACAAGUGACACAUGAUCAACAUGGAACACAACAGCAACAGCAGCAGCAGCAGUUGCAGCCACUUCGGAAUCUAGGUUCUGUCAAACUGGAACCUCAACAAAUGCAGACAAUGAGAACGUUGGCACCAUUGAAGUUAGAACAACAGCACUCAGACCAAUCAUUGUUCCUGCAUCAGCAGCAGCAGCAGCAACAACAACAACAGCAGCAGCAGCAGCAGCAUCAGCAGCAGUUUCUUCACAUGUCCAGGCAGUCUUCUCAGGCUGCUGCACAACUCAACCUCUUGCAUCAGCAAAGACUGCUGCAGCUUCAGCAUCAACAGCAGCAACAACUCAUGAAAGCAAUGCCUCAGCAGCAACGUUCGCAAUUACCACAACAGUUUCAGCCACAGAGUUUGCCUCUACGAUCUCCGGCAAAACCUGUGUAUGAACCUGGAAUGUGUGCCCGACGUUUAACACGUUACAUGUAUCAACAACAACAUAGACCUGAAGACAACAACAUAGAAUUCUGGAGAAAGUUCGUAGCGGAGUACUUUGCUCCCAAUGCAAGGAAGAAAUGGUGUGUUUCUAUGUAUGGAAGUGGUAGACAGGCACCUGGCGUUUUCCCCCAGGAUGUAUGGCAUUGUGAGAUCUGUAAUCGGAAACCGGGUCGUGGCUUUGAGGCCACUGUUGAGGUUCUUCCCCGGCUUUUCAAAAUAAAAUAUGAAAGCGGCACUUUGGAAGAACUACUUUAUGUUGAUAUGCCACACGAGUAUCCUAACGCAUCGGGUCAAAUUGUCUUGGAUUAUGCAAAAGCAAUACAAGAAAGCGUGUUUGAGCAACUUCGUGUUGUUCGUGAUGGUCAACUGCGAAUUGUCUUCUCACCUGAAUUAAAGAUAUGUUCUUGGGAGUUUUGCGCUCGGCGUCAUGAAGAGCUUAUUCCUAGAAGAUUGCUUGUACCCCAGGUCAGUCAACUUGGUACAGCAGCGCAAAAAUAUCAAGCUGCCACUCAAAAUACAUCAUCCAAUUUGUCUGUUCAGGAGUUGCAGAAUAAUUGUAACAUGUUUGUCUCAUCGGCUCGCCAGCUUGCAAAAGCCUUGGAAGUGCCUUUGGUGAAUGAUUUGGGGUAUACGAAGAGAUAUGUUCGCUGUCUUCAGAUAUCAGAGGUGGUUAACAGCAUGAAAGAUUUGAUUGAUUACAGCCGAGAAACAGGGACUGGACCUAUGGAGAGUCUGGUCAAGUUCCCUCGAAGAACAAAUGCUUCAUCCGGGUUCAAUGGUCAAGGUCAACCAUCAGAGGACCAGCAGCAACAACAGCAAACUCCACCAGCACCACCGUCGCAUCAGCAGCAGGCAGUUCCCCAAAACUCAAACAGUGACCCGAGCUCUGUCCAAGCAGGGGCAAUGCAAAUUGCUUCUAGCAACGGUAUGCAGCCCGUAAAUAAUGCCCUCAAUCCCUCACCGGCAACAACCACCUCAGCAAGCACCAUCGUCGGACUUCUCCAUCAGAACUCCAUGAACUCAAGACAACAACCACAAAGCUCCAUCAAUAAUAAUGCAAGCAGCCCAUACAACUCAGCUCAGGCCCCUUCUCCUGGUUCGUCCACUACAGUGCCAGCUCAGCAGCCACCUAAUCCUUCUCCUUUCCAGUCACCCACUCCUUCGUCAUCCAGCGCUCCACAACUUGGACAUAGUGCUCCAGCAAACAAUAUUCCACAGCAGCAACAGCAGCCGGCUCUUUCUAGCGACGGCGACCAUGGGGAUUCCCAGAGUUCUGUCCAGAAGAUCAUUCACGAUAUUAUGAUGAAUAAUCAAAUGAACGAUGUGAAGAAUGUCAACCCCACCACCAAUGGCAUUCUGCAGGCAAACAACAACAACGGCGGUGGCAUGAUCAACGGCAUGCAUAACAUGGGUGGUGGUGGAUUUGGGUCGAUGGGUGGUGGGGGUGGAGUUGGAGGCCAGCCUGUUGCCAUGGCGAAUGGGAUGAGAGCUGCUGCGAUGGUGGGUGGCGGUGGUAGUAACAAUAACAGCUCGUUGAUGAUGAAUGGAAGGAUGGCGAUGGCAUCGAUGGUGAGAGAGCAAGCGAUGAACCACCACCACCACCACCAUCAUAAUCAUCAUCAACAACAACAGCAGGAUUUGGGGAACCAGUUGCUUAGCGGGUUAGGAGCGGUUAAUGGGUUCAAUAAUCUGCAGUUUGAUUGGAAACCGUCUCCUUGA